GGAUUAAUUAAAAAGCUUAAAUGUUGUUCAUUCUAUAAAUUCUAUAAUUUUAGAUGACAUUAGCAUUAGAAACUACAAUAGAAAUCUCGGAAAAUGCAAAAAUAUGGUCAGAUAUUUAAUUAAGUUCUCCAAACAAUACCUAUAUACUAAAGAUUGCAAAUACAGUCACUUAUCAGUACUAUGCAAUCAAUAUUGAGCUUCAUAAGUAAGAUGACACAUUUUCUUUGCAUUAUGGUAUUGGUAAGACUCCACAAUUUAGUUUAAUUUUAUCUGAAAUUUCGGAAGUAUAAGGAUUUGAUUUUUAUGGGUAUCGCAACAUUCAAAUAAUUCUUAGGUAUCUUGAAAAUAGAUUUACUCAUUUCAUCCUGUUGUCAAGUGAUACUUUUAAUUCUCAAUAAGUAUAUAUUUCUACAUCAUCAGAAUGGACUUAAAACUACAAUAUUACAGUUACUGGCACUAAUGAGAAAAUGUGUCCAAACAACUGCAGCAACCAAGGCAGUUGCUAGGUAUUAUAUAAAUUAACUUGUAGGAUGGAAAAUGUUUAUGUAACAAAUAAUAUAUAGGCAAUGAUUGUCAUUAAAAAGCAACUUAUAUUGAAUAAAAUAAAGAAAUAUUUCUUAGUUUAGAGAAUACUGUAAAGUAUGCUUAUGUUGAUUUGGAAGAGAGCAAAAACCAAACGAUGAGUUUAAUAGUUAAAGUAUUCUAAAUAAUCAAAUUUAGACUAACAGUUCUGAAGGAGUUGAUUUAUACAUAAUGAAAACUAGAGUACUUUAUAUACCUGCUUUAGAAGAUUUAAAUAGAAAAUAUUAUGAUUAAUUAGUUGAAGGCAAUGCAGUCUAAUUAGAUUACCCAAUAGAAUUUGAAUUAUACGAUAGAAAUGAUAAUAGUACUUAAAUUUAAAAAAGAGUCAGGUUUAUAUUAAAAUAAAAGUCUCCAGUUGAAUAAAAUAUUCUAAUUUCAUUUGAUCUUAUAAAUCAUCAAACAUAAAAUACUAUAUCAACAACUACUGUUAUUAUAGUUGUUGCUACAAUUGCAGGAGUGAUAAUGAUUUUAAGUAUUUCAUUUGCAAUAGGCAAAUAUUUCAGAAAUAAGAAAAUUAAAGAGACUUUAUCUGCCUUAGCACAAGUAAGAUAAAUGUAACAUGAAAAAAAAUAUACUGCAAAGAGUUUUGAUGAAGAAAUAUUGGAAUAAUUACCUUAGAUUUAAAAUGAUCAUAUUAAAAAUACAGAUGUUUGUCCAAUUUGUUUAGAACUUUAUAUUAAUAAACCUGAUCUUAGAUCUACUAAAUGCAAGUAUUAUAUAUUUAAUUUAUUUAAGACAUUUAUUUCAUAGAGAAUGUAUACUUGUUUGGAUUUAUAUUAACAAAAACUGUCCAACAUGUAGAUAAGAUUUAAAAAUACAUAUGAAUCAUCAAAGAAACCAAUAAAAUACAUGA